CACUUUUUAAUUUAGUACUCAGCAGGUCGAAUGACUCUUGAAAUUGUAUGCGCCUUUGCCCCAAAUUUGGGGAUUGGCCAAAUUUAGGGUUUCUCUCGAUUAAGCAGCUAAAAGUCAACAAAUUCUUUUGGGUUUAGGUUUUUUCUAAUUCUUCAUUUAGUGGUAGUAGAAUUAGGAUUUUUAAUUUAUAUUAUAUGUUCUCAGUGAAGCUCUGUUUGGGCACUAUAAAGAGGGUAAUCUGAGCUACCAAUGCAAAUUGAAUUGAAAUCUGAAUUUUUUUGGUUAUUUUUGGGAUACUGAAAUCACAUCAAUGUCUUGGGCAAGUCCAGAAGAUAUCUAUACCUCUACUUCUCUGGCAAGCUAUCUUGACAAGAAGCUUCUUGUGCUGCUGCGAGACGGGCGAAAGCUUUUAGGAACACUUUGUUCUUUUGACCAAUUUGCUAAUGCUGUUCUUCAAGGUGCAUGUGAGCGUGCUAUUGUUGGUGAUCUAUAUUGUGAUAUCCCAUUAGGUCUUUAUAUUAUACGUGGGGAAAAUGUUGUGUUAAUUGGUGAACUGGACGUAGAUAAGGAGGAACUUCCUCCCCAUAUGACACGUGUUUCAGAAGCUGAGAUACGAAGGGCGCAGAAAGCAGAAAGGGACGCCACAGAUCUUAAAGGCUCGAUGAGAAAGAGAAUGGAAUUCCUUGAUAUGGAUUGAGGUUUCGUGUUGCUUGUAUUGGAGAUUUUGCUUGGGAUAAUGCCAUGCCCUCUGCAAAUAUUAUCGCCGUUGCUCUGCGGUUUUCUGGGAUUCCUCUUUUCUCUUUGGCUUGUGCUCUCUGUUACAUAAUAGUGUUCAUUGUAACAUCUGCACCGUAAUUGGAUUUUUCUUUUAUGGUUAUAUGUUUGAGUAAGUGUGAGCUGGUAUUUCACCUGGUGAUGGAUCAUAAAGAUGGUAAAACAAGUCUUGAGUUCUUCCAGUUUCUUUUUUAUGCUAGCUGGAGGAACUUUAGUUUUGUGGUACUGUAUAUGCUGUGAGAAGGGAAUUUUAGCAUUUGCCUUUUCAGAUAACAAUUACUGCUACGUAGUUUUGUUAUUUA